AUGUUGUCCGAGCUUUCAGAACAAACUUUGCUGAAGAACAUACCUCCUGAAGGUUUUCCGGCCGAAAUCACCUACACCGACGGACGCGUCGCAUCUCUCCAUCCCAGAACUCACGAAUACAUCACUUCUCCCAACUCUCCUUUCAUUUCCCUUCCACCAUUUGGCUCUACGAGGGAUCUGUAUCGGCGUGAAGAUGGCUUCUACGGAGUAGAGGACCCCGCCCUUUGGCCACAACCAUUCAACCGCGCCAACGCCUACCUUCCAUGUAUUCCCUGUCGGCCUACAGCACAAAACCAUCCUUACUUUGAUGAGUCCUGUAUAUGGGGAAAGAUAUCGACGGAAUCGAUGGAGUACAUUGACAGGAAUCGAAGGGAGGGUGUGCUGCAGCCAGCGAUAUCGGCACCGUUCGAACAUGUCGUCAAGCAUUUGCGUACUCGAACAGAAGCGUACCGAGGCUCAACUCGAAAGGAUCACGACUUCUUGGCCCUACUUACUGAAUUUGACAACAACCUUACAGUGUGCCUAACGCGUAUAUCCCGUUCUCCCAUGUCAUUGCGAGACAUUCGCCGAGGGGUUGCUGAACUCCAGCGAAGUUGGUUGUAUUCUGUGGCUGUCUUGGAUUACAUGGAGAAGUUCAGGAGUCGCACAUUGGGGAAGCAUGAACGCGAGCACGCUGAGUUCGGGAACCGUAUCAGCGCAUUCGUUUGGAAUGAUCGCGACGCGUUGGAACUAUGA